AUGGCCUGGGAAACAUUCAAGGAAGUUGCUGGUGUAUUUGCAGACAUCACUGCAUGUCGAGAAUUUUUUGGCUGGGUCACGCCAAGCAUCCUAGCAGCCCGACAUCAGCUGCUGGGCGAAAUCAGCACAACUGUGCAACACCAAAUUCAGGUGGAAAGAGAGCAGUUUCGUCAUUUGGAGAAUGACAUUUGGAAGCUCGAGACAACUAUGCCCAAGAUGCUUGACCUUAUUGAACGUGUUGAGUGGCAGAGCCAUAAGGAACCAGCAGCCAAACUUCUCCCACACAUCAAGGAUGCAGUUUAUGAUGCAGAGGACUUUUUUGAUGAGUUCAAAUAUUAUGCACUCAAGUUGAAGCUUGAGGAGAGCAAGAGUUCAGGUGAAAACCACAUGCAUGCUGCCUUUCGAGAGUUCUUCGAAAGUGUCCAUCAUUGUGACCACUUUAACAAAGUGAAGGAAAUCCAAGGUAAUCUAGAUCACAUCUAUCACCAGUCGAAGGAUUUAAGAUUGCAUAAAGAACCAUUGAAGUUUGACAAAUCAUUUAGGCCAGACACAAGUGCUUUUUCCAUGGUGCCACAAAUAUUUGGGCGUGAAGAAGAACUAAAGCACUUGGUCCAAAUGCUAGGAGUACAUACAAGCAAGAGAGGGAGGACUAACCGUGAAGCAAGCUCAACUGUGUUGCGCGUGCUUCCCAUAUUUGGUAUGGGGGGUGUCGGAAAAACAACUAUAGCACAACAAAUCUGCAAUGAUGCAAAAGUGAAGGAGCACUUUGACUGCAUUAUUUGGUUGUGUGUUUCUGAUGAUUUUAAUAUAAAGAGGUUAACUAAAGAGAUUCUGGAGCAUAUGGAACAAGAUACAACAUCUGAUAAUCUGAAUUAUCUAAUGAGUAAACUGGCUAGUUGUGUGGAAUCGAAAAGGUUCUUACUUGUCCUUGAUGACAUGUGGGGUGAUACCAUUAGAGAUGGUGGGGAGGAGUGGGAGAAAUUUUGCAUGCCUUUGAGAAAGGCUCUUCAAGGAAGUAUGAUUUUGGUCACCACAAGAUUUUUUAAGGUUGCUAAUCUAGUCAGCACUGGCAUGAAGAGCUUUGAGUUGGAGGGCUUGCAAGAUGCUGUUUUUUGGGAGUUCUUCAAAUUAUGUGCAUUUGGAUCCAAUAGGAGUUGCAACGACCUAGAGUUGGAGUGCAUUGGAAAAGACAUACUUCCUAAGUUGAAGGGUUCUCCCUUGGCUGCCAAAACUCUUGGACGCUUGUUGCAAAGGGACCUAAGCACAACACAUUGGGAAUCUAUAUUGACAAGUGAGUUGUGGCAAUUAGAACAAGAUGUGGCUGACAUUCUGCCAGCCCUUAGAUUGAGUUAUAUGUACCUACCACCAUUAUUGAAGAAGUGCUUCUCACUUUGUGCAAUGAAUCUCCCUAAAGUCCGUGUACUGAGUUUUAGGCUGUCCAGAGUAAGGCAGUUACCUGAGAGCAUGGGCAACUUGAAGCAUCUACGGUACCUUUGUUUACUCGGAAGUCCUACUUUCAGCACCCUUCCUUCAUCGGUUUGUCAUCUACACCUUCUCAAGGCUAUAGAAGCUAAGGAUUGUGUGUUUCAGAGUUUCCCUGAAGGCUUCAGUGAUGCCAUCAGCUUACAAAAAAUAAAAUCAAAGCGCUUUAGUUAUAACAAGGAUCACUCUAACACACUCUGGAUAGAAUGGACUGGUGAUCAGCCAAUACAAAUGAUGGAGAAGCAGAUUGAAGUGUUGCCUCACUGGAAUCUCCAACAAUUGAGAAUAUGGCGUUAUGGAGGUGAAUCUUGUCCUAGUUGGCUUCGUCCUAACCUCCUGCCAGGGUUAAGUUUCCUGGACUUUCAUGAAUGCAUGAAUAUUCAGAGUGUAUCAAUUUUUGGCCCGUACAUAUGUGAUCCAGACCAGGCAGACAAUCUUCACCGGCUUGAAAUUUUGAAGAUCACAGAUUGUCCUAAAAUCAAUUGGCAAAGUUUUGUGGCCUUCCCCACUUCUCUUAGAACGAUUUACCUACUGAACUUUGGGUAUUUCACGGAUCACUUUGUGAGAUCCUUUCAGAACCUCAGCUUCCUCGCCCACUUGGAAAUACGGAGCGAAUGGUUAACAUAUAUUCCCUUGCAAGUCUGGAGUAGCAAUUUACCAUCCCUUAAGUAUCUACAAAUGAACCGAUGCGCCUCUCUUGUAUCAGUUGGGGUCUCUGAAGCAAGCAGCAGCAACAACAUUGGAGCAUUCUCAUCCCUUGAUGUUCUAUAUAUUACAGACUGCACGAAAUUGUUGAGCCUUGAUGAAUUCCUGACGCCUGCUUAUCUACCUGUUGUGAAGGAAAUUUGGAUUAUGAAUGGUAGGGAAUUGAUGUCCCUGCCAGGUGAUAGGUUCCAUGGGUUUUCUUGUUUGCAGAAGCUGACUAUUGAACAUUGUCCUAUGUUAAAUACACAGACGGUACUAACAUUACCAUCCUCCCUUAAGAAGUUCCGGUUGGAAGCAUGUCAAAGCAUAGAGUCCAUCGACAUUCGCCAGCUGGGGGGUACUCCAGCGCUGGAGGAAUUGAAAAUAGUACACUGUUCAACCCUCAGAUCCAUUGGUGGUUCAGUAGCAGUUGCUCAUGUAGAGUCCGUGUUUAUUCUUGAUUGCCCAGAGCUGACAGAAGAGAUGUCCGAUGACGAUGGGUUCCCGGAGUGCGGGUACUGCCACGAUGACCGGGGUUUAUGCGACAAGUUUCCUCACCUGCAAAAUGAUAGGUUUUUCACCGUGAAGCUACCAUAUGUAUUGGAGAAGCUUGGUUUUGGUUUAGAUGACUUUGAGAAUGUGGAGACGAGGAUGGCUCACUUAAGAACUAAACAUGGUUAUGAGUUUCUGGUUAAGCUGUACAAUGCAGUCAAUCACUCCCAUUUCGGUUGCUCUAAUUGGGAAGCUCUCUACAAGGCAUAUGGAUUUGAGGAGGGUAUGCAAAUAAGAUUUGAUAUUCGUCCAGAAGAUUAUGAUGAUGAUGAUAAUAUCAACAUCUGGGUGGAUGUGGAUAUGCCUUCAGUUUUGCCUAGAUGUGAGUUUGUCAAACUAAUUUGUUAA